CUCUUCAGUUUAAUCCACCUUGCCCUGAUGUAUCAGAGUUGAUUUUCCAUCAGUCCUUUCAAUUAUUUGUCAGCGUUGCAUAUAUAAAGCACAAUGCAUGAACUGAAGAAUAUUUUUGGAGUUCAGCUUGUAGUAUUGCAAGCUCAAAAAUGAACAGAAAGCUUGGAAAAUAUGCGGUGAAUAUUGAACACUCUGAAAACCAGGCACCAGUCACAUGCUCAAAUGACCAAGCUCAGAGCUCCGUGUGCUGGCGUCCACCUUCAAAUGGCAUAACUGGCGAUGUCCCUUCCAGCUUAACUGGGGUCUGCAUGAACCCGGGAGUCCUUGCACAGUCAGGAUACCCACACACAGACUUGUCCCAUGCACAGGUGAAAGAAAAUUCCUGCAAUAACGGAUCUCUGUGGAAAGUCUUUUUGGCUUGUCUCUUAGCCUGUGUGAUAACAACAGCAAUUGGAGUACUCAUAAUAUGCCUGGUGAAUAAGGGGGGGAAUGGCAGUCCUUGCAUUAUUAUCCAGGUACCCACCAUGAGUAGGGGGCCUGCAGUUACCACUCCUGGAACAACCGCUACUACUUCUCAACCUACUGUGACCACCAGUUCAGCUGGACUGACAGCUACAACCACCUCAACAGAAUCUACUACCUCUGCUGCAUCCACUGAAAAUAUAGCCACAGCCACCACUUCAGCUGCACCCACCACUUCUAGUGAACGUACAGCCACAGCAGCCACCACCACCACUUCAAGUGAAACCACAGCUGCCCCCACUUCACCAGAACCCACAAGUGCUACCACAGGAUAUUAUUAGUUAGUAGAUUACAGAUUAUAGAUUAGUCUCAGCUGGCAACCAAAAUAAUCACGACUUCCUCCACCUCUCCCGCUGUUGCACAACUACGUUCACUUCAACUGGAGCUAUAACCACUAUUCCCACUGCAUCUACAACUACUGUGACUUCUACGCAGCCUGCGGAACAGCGGCCCCCUCUCUCCUGUAAUCUCCAUGUGUGCAUCUGAAGCUAUAACUACAAAUGCCACCGUUAUCACUUUGCUCUAAUAGAACUACCCGAAAUCAUCAAAAUGUUCUCUUCCAUAGCAAGUCAUCCUUUAGCUAUUUUCGCUGCCAAUUAAUCUACAGCUAUCUUCCCUCGCUGGCUCUUUCCCCAAAUUGUAGCUGACUCUUCAAUAGCUUGAGUCCAUGUCCACUGCCAUUCCCACAUUAUACCUGUAGCAGCUACCAUGAUGCCAUUUGAAGAACAAUAAUUUAGACAGUGAAUAAUGGAAUAGUUACCUUAAUUUUCAGUGCAUUGACACUUAGGACUUCUAAAACUAUUAAAACUAUUUUCAUUUUUAAAUAAC